AUGAACCGUUACAUGCGGCCAGAUUCUCCAGAGUGGACUCCACGCCCCCUCCAGCCUUCGCCAUGGAACACCCCGCGCAUUUCCCCCGUCGCCGUCUCCCCGACGCAGAAGAUCCCGGAAGUGCACCCGCUCCCUCCGCUCUACUCCCUCACGCGACCGGUCGAGGAUCCCUGCGCGCUCAUCCACAGCUUCUACAAUGUCGUCCCCGUACCAUUCAGCUUCGACAACGACGGCAGCGUCCCCCGCUCGGUCGAGAUGCCGCUCGUCCGGCGCGGAGGAAACGCGCCCACACACGCCCUCGCCGUCCUCAGCAGCUCCGUCCCCUUCCCCUCCGUCGACGACACCACCACCCGCUCCCCGCACGACUCCCGUCCCUCCUCGCCCGCGUCCCUCCUCUCGCCCGUCGACGCCGAGCCGUUCCUCCUCCCGAUCGACGCGUCCCUCUUCUGCGCCUGCUUCGGGCACAGCCUCGCCCGCUCCCUCGCCGCCGGGCUCUCCAUCCGCCCCGCGACCCCGCUCGUCCGCUGGGACCGCGCGCGCGGCCAGGAGCUCGUCACCCUCCCGCUCGUCGCCCUCUACGUCCCGCACCCGCCCAGCAUCCCCCACUUCCUCCUCUUCGCGCAGUCCAUCCCCGUCUCGCUCUCCCCGCCCGCCUCGCGCGCGCCGUCCCCCGCACCUUCCUCUCCCUCCUCCCUGUCCCUGUCCCCCCUCCCCUCGCCCGUGACAAGCCCAAGCUCACGCCUCGCGCCUCUCCCCGCCCGCACCCCCUCGCCCUCGCCCUCGCUCGCCUCCGCCUCCACCUCCUCCCGGCCCUCCUCCCGCGCCUCGACCCGCUCCCGCUCCCGCACCCCCGCCCGCCCGCACGCGCGCAUGCUCGUCCCCUACAUGCUCCCCCCCGUCGCGCUCGCCGAGUUCCCCUCCGCGCCCGCGAUGGCCGAGGCGAUGGCGCGCCACACCCCGCCCCCCACGCUCCGCGCGCACGUCGCCUGGAACCACGGCCUCUGGCGCAACGUCCUCGCGCUCGCGCCCACGGACCCCGCCGCCGCCGACGGCGUCCGCCUCGCGUGGAACGUCACCGCCGACGCGCGCCGCCUCGCCUUCCCCGCCGAGUGCCGCCCGCGCGAGCGCUCGCCCUCGCCGUGCCCCCCGUCGCUGUCUCCGUCUCCGUCGCCCUCGCGGUCGCGGUCGCCGCUGCCCUCCCCGCGCGCGCAGACGGUGACGGAGCCGGGCCCCAGGGCGGGGGCGGAGGUGCGGAGCCGGACCCCGCGGGUGAGCGUGCACGCGCCGGCGGGCGAGGCGGGCGCCGCGGGGCGGACGAGCGCGGUGUCGGAGACGACGUACCUCGCGCCGCCGAGGGAGCUCUCGCGCCAGCGGAGCCGCGAGAUCAUCCGCCAGCGGAGCAGGGAGAUGCUCGCACCCCCCGGGCAUGCGCACGGGCACGGGCACGGGCUCGUGCGGCAGCGGAGUGCGCGGGACUUGCUCACCGCGUGA